UGGUUGACUUAAAGUUUCUUUGGAUUUUAAGACCUUUAGAUUUGCUAUUCCGUUAUUUAAAUUCUACAAUUUUAAUGUAUUGGAAUCGAGAAAAUAAUGUUUUCGAAGGUAUAUGUCUUUGACAAACAGUGGGGGUGACAACUCAGUUUUGAGUGCCCUCAGAUGUUGUAAGAUUGACCAUGGUUACUUUUUCAUAUGCUUUUUUAAUAAUAUGUAUGUCUCUGUGAAGCAACUAUUUUCUCUUGGAAAGUUUUUAAAAAUUUUAAAAUCUUUUUGUCAUUUUCUCAAAAAAUUUUCACAAAACAUUAUUUUUGUCCCAUUUAUCCAACUCUGUUGUUGCAGUUUCGACAAAGAUCUUCCUGAGUUCCACACUGAGAAUGGUUUGACUCGUCACAAUGAUGGAUGUACGAUCACGUCGCCAACUUUGAUGUGGGUUAAAGCAGUCGACCUUCUCUUGAUGAAGAUGAUGACGAAGGGAGUGGACUUUAGCAAAGUUGACAUGAUAUCAGGGACUGGUCAACAACACGGAAGUGUAUACUGGAAAAAUGCCGCAGAGUUAACCUUGACUCACUUGGACGAGAAUUCCACGCUUGUUGAUCAGUUACAGGAUUGUUUUGUAAUUUCCAAUUCUCCAGUUUGGAUGGAUUCCAGUACAACAAAACAAUGUGAAGAUCUUGAACAGGCAGCCGGUGGAAGUAUGCAACUUUCUAAAAUAACUGGUUCAAAAGCGUAUGAGAGAUUCACAGGUAAUCAGAUCGCGAAGAUAUAUCAAACGUGUGCAGAUGAUUAUCGCAAUUGUGAACGCAUUUGCUUAGUCAGCAGUUUUCUAGCGACACUUUUCAUUGGUAAAUAUGCGCCAAUUGAUUUUAGUGACGGGUCUGGAAUGAAUUUAUUGAAUAUCAAUACGAAAGAGUGGGAAGCAAGCUUGAUGAAAGCUUGUGCCCCAGGAUUGGCAAAUCGCCUGGGAGUCCCUGUGGCAUCAAGUUCUGUCAUUGGAAAGGUAUCCAAGUACAUGCAUGGUAGAUAUAACUUUCCUUCGUCAUGCGAGGUAAUCGCUUUCACUGGGGAUAAUCCGUCUUCGUUAGCUGGCAUGCGGCUCGAUCAUACAGAUGUUGCGGUUAGUCUUGGGACGAGUGAUACGUUAAUGUUUUGGAGUGAAUCUGCUAACCCGUCGACGGAAGGACAUGUUUUCGUUAAUCCACUGGACAAGGAGAAGUACAUGGCCAUGCUUUGUUUUAAAAAUGGCUCGCUAUCGAGAGAAAAAAUUUGCGCCGAGCAUUGCAAAGGAUCAUGGGAAGAAUUUAACCAGUUCUUGAAAAACACGCCGGCUGGUAAUGGCGGGAAAAUCGGGAUAUACUUUGAUGAGAUGGAAAUUCUACCUCAUGUUAAAGGUGUUUACAAAUGGAACGAAAAUGACGAUGACGUCACUACUUUUGAAUCAGCUGAAGAAGUUCGAGCUGUCAUUGAAGGACAAUUUCUUGCAAAGCGUUACCAUGCUCAGAUGUUUGGCUUCAAACCAACCGAGUCAUCACGUAUCCUAGCAACUGGAGGUGCAUCUGAAAACACAGUUAUUUUACAAGUGCUAUCCGAUGUGUUCAACUUGCCAGUUUAUACGUUAAAAGAAACGAGUAAUUCUGCGUGUUUGGGUGGCAUAUACAGAUGUAAACAAGCCUCCAUCGCAGAUGGUACACUCUCCUACUUAGAGGCUAUUAAAGAUCUGCCACCUCAUAGAUUAGUUUGUAAGCCGAAUGAAGAUCACGUGACCAUGUAUGAACACAUGCUCGAUAGAUAUCGUCGAUUGGAGCAAUCACUAGUUAGCUAACGUGCCCUAUUUGCAGGAGGGGUCUGAUACAGUCUGGUAGAGUUUGCAGAACUAACUGCAACAAAACCAAAGAAAUGGUUGUGUACGUAGUAGGAGAACCAAUGGACACGUUAUUUUACUGAAACAAACAUUGACAUUGUGGAAAUUUAGAGUAUGAAAUAUCUUUUCUGAGUUUGCUGAAGGUUGUUACUCUAGUGGCUAUAUAAAGGUUUAAUAGCAAACAGAAAUUGUUAUUCAACUCUAUGAUAUAUAGUAAUUAGAAAACCA